UUAUUAAUAAUUAAAUCGAUCACCUCUGUCUAAAAUUAUCAUCUCGUUAUUUUCUUAUAAAUAUGAUUAUCGUGCCACUGCUGUUUUCAGUAAAUAGUCAGAUAUUGAACGGAACAAAUCAAUUUUAGUAGUUAAGGAAAGAACAGAUUAUAAAAAAUGACACUUAGAGACGAAGUAUGCAGAUCAUAUAGUCGCGGCAAAGUCAAGAAUGUAGUAUAUAAUGAUCGAUGUGGUUAUGCGAUUGUCUUUUAUGAUCCAAUUUUUGAUUUGGAUACGAAAAUUGCACCAUUAAGGAUGGCGGACCUUCCAUAUACAAUUCCAUUGGAUCGAAAACGCUUAACAAGUUUAAAGCCAGCAGGAAAGCCAGUAAAUGAAGAUGAUAUAAGAAGGCCAGUAACAUCAGGUGAAUGCGAAGCAGCAAAAGAUUUUAUAAGAAGGAAAGUAAUGGAAAGGAAAAUGGAUGAAAUCAGAGAUUGUUGCUAUAACAUUAAAAAAUGCUAUGAAAAAGCUGAAAAGUUUGAUCUGAAGAGACGUGAAGUCAUUUCACCACGUUUAAGAAAUAAACUACGUGGAAAACAGUCAGAUGCCAUUUGUGAUAUCUUGAUUGAUGAUGUCAUGCAAAAUGUGGAUUAUGUGUAUGAAAAAAAUUUAGAAGAAAAAGGAAAAACACAGAAAAAGCUUGCACUAGCUGCCUUAAGAAGAGCUGCACGCGCACCAAAACCAGUUGAGAAAAUUCACUUAAAGGAACCAAAUUUAUGUGCAGUUAAAGAAGAGGAAACACAAACUGAUGAGAACAAGACAAUCACAGUUAAAAAAUUGGAAACAGAAUUGAAAAAAUCAGAAGUAAAAUUUGCCGAUUUACCUGUCGAGAAAUACCUGCAUCCAUCACCACCACGUCGUGGCCUAGAAAGCUACAACUCUUUUCAUCGUCAUCAUCAGGAAGUGAUGAGUCAGCGAGCCGCAGAUGCCUUACUUUUCGAAACAAUGUACGGAAGACAAUUACGACGAUUGAAACGUGAAAUUCGUAGAUUAAAGGAAGAAUACUCUUAAAAUUACUGUUUGAUGUUUGUACGAGAGGGGGUUUAAUUUUGAUAAAUUAUCUUAAAACUCUUAAACUUUAUAAGAUUUUAUAGAAACUUCAAAAAGUUGUAAAACUUUUCAAUUGUAACCCCCAAUUAAUCAAUUAAAUUCGAGAAUUAAAAUUAAAAUUUCAAUUUAAAAAAACGAAAUAAAAAAGAAGAAAAAAUUGUAAAAUGCGAAAAUUGAAUCGAGAAAAGCGAAGAAGAAAUAAAAAGAAGAUAAAAUUCGAAGAAAAAUCAAUUUGUAACAUUUUUCAUGGUCGCCAUUCGUAAGACUCAUUCAU